GAGAGAAUUUUGACCAGAGUCCCUUAAGAAGAACCUUCAAGUCCAAAGUUUUGGCCCAUUAUCCUCAGAACAUCGAGUGGAACCCCUUUGACCAGGAUGCCGUCAACAUGCUGUGUAUGCCCAAAGGGCUGUCUUUCAGGACGCAGGCAGAUAACAGAGAUCCGCAGCUCCAUUCAUUCAUCAUCACCAGAGAAGAUGGCUCUCGUACAUACGGGUUUGUGCUCACAUUCUACGAGGAGGUCACGAGCAAGCAGAUCUGCACAGCCAUGCAGACACUCUACCAGAUGCACAACGCAGAGCAAUACAGCAGUGUUUGCGCCUCCUCCUCGUGCAGCAUGGACUCCCUUGCCAGCAGUAUUGAUGAGGGUGAUGCCACGUCCCUCGCCAAGCUCCAGCGGUACAACUCCUAUGACAUCAGCAGAGACACACUGUACGUCUCCAAAUGCAUAUGCCUCAUCACCCCUCUGCCCUUCAUGCAAGCCUGCAAGAAGUUCCUGAUCCAGCUCUAUAAGGCAGUGACCUCCCAGCAGCCGCCACCUCUGCCCCUGGAGAGCUACAUCCACAACAUCCUCUACGAGGUGCCCCUUCCGCCCCCAGGGAGGUCGCUGAAGUUUUAUGGGGUUUAUGAGCCCAUCAUUUGCCAAAGACCUGGACCCAACGAGCUGCCGCUGUCUGACUACCCACUGCGGGAGGUCUUUGAGCUGCUGGGCCUGGAGAACCUGGUUCAGGUUUUCACCUGCGUUCUUCUGGAGAUGCAGAUCCAUAUGUACUCACAAGGUGGGCGCUUGUCUGGUGAUGCACGUUGGGUCUGUUCCCAGCAGGCAGCUCCUGGGCAGCUGCAGCCACAGGAGCUAAUAUAA